AUGCCACCGUUUCUUGACGAGCUCGUCAAAGCACGCGCGGAUAUCAUCUCUUAUCUCCAUGACUCUGCCGAUAUCCGACGUGCGCCUGACCGAGACUCGAAUGACAUUCUUGACUGGAGCAGUCCGCCUGCGCUCGCUGAGGAUUUAAGCACAAUCACCCCGGAAUCUGAUACCGGAAGCCAGAGCGGUGCAGAGGAGCUGUCAAGCGGCGCACUCGUAAACCAAGAUCCGUUGGUGUCUGUGGACCUCCCUCUAAGCACAUUGUCGAUACCGAGCUCUAUGUACAAGAUCUACGACCCCGCGACUGAGGAGUGCAGGAAAGCCCACAUUCCGACCACAGAGCACAAAGCUUUGGACAUACUUGAAAAGGAGGCACGUCUCAAGGCCAGGCACGGUGAAAAGACAGAGGAGGAGGAAGAGGACGAAAUUUAUCUGGAAGAUUUCGCCUUUUACACAUUGGCUUACGCACACAGAUAUGAACUCUGUGGCUUGCAAGAUCUGUUCAAGAUUGGAAAUACCACGCUGUAUUUUAAUGGAUGGCUUACCCUUGGCGAUUCCAAGCACUACCUGGAAUCUAUCCCUUUCGGGCGGUGCUCUAUCGGUAACUACGGCUUGGAUUCUCCGAGCAUUGACGGUGCUGUAUGGAUACAGUCAAACCUGCAGGGCCGCAAGAAGGCUGGUGUUUGGUACAGGCUGCGGAAUCCAGGUUUCGAAUAUGUGCGAUUGUAUAAGCCUUUUCUUUGGCUGGCCGACCUGGCAAAACACGUUAUCAAUUUUAUUGAAAGCAAGAUAUCCCAAAGAGUCGUGCCAGCAGAGAUCGGAAUUCACAACUUUCGCAGUGAGUUCGCAAGUUGGCUUGAUCAUACCCACGGUCUUUCACCGGCGUUCAAGACCUGGUUUGAUCAGCACCCAAGGCAGGACUUCAGGUCUGACAUGGCUGUAUACGCCGAAUUCUUGUGGAAAGAGGCCAACGGUGUUCUUGAAUCAAAAGUCUGCCGGAACUUGCGCCUUUUCAGGGAAGUUUUGACGUUGGAUCAAUACCGGAAACACGAAAGCAAAAACAACAUGACGGUUGUGACGCCCUACGUUUACGACUUGUUCCGGCAUAUGGAAUGCGGGCACCUGCUAAAAAAGGUAUCCCCGACUGAAAAACUUCCUCCGGUUGGGAUAAGAACGGAGACGGAGACGGAGACAGAGAGCAUUCCAUGUCGAAUAAGCGAGGACCCCAAACAUGCAACCCUGGAGCGAAGAAAUCUCAUCGAUGAUAUUCAAAUCGGCGAUGUCAUUUCUCGCAAGCCCGACUGCGCGGGCAGCAAAUGGAAGGGCGAUGGAAGUUCAAGGUGGUUUGGUCUUGUGCAACAAGUCGUCAAACCUUCACGAGGCGAAACGAGGUUCCAUAUCAAAUGGCUCUAUUCACCUAGAGAUACCCCAUGCAAUCAAGGCACGUACCCCUGGCCGAACGAACUUUUCCUAUCGCUGAACCACUGCAGCUGCCAUCGUGGAGGAGACGAUCCGUUUCUAGCCAGCGAGAUCCUUGCAAAGCAUUCUGUGGCAUGGUCUGGAGACGAAAAAUGUUCCGAGGAGUUCUUUGUCCGGCAGUCCUAUGAUAACGAAGAACGGCGCUGGAUUGCUCUUCGAAGGUCGCAUCUGUUUUGUGAUAACAACACCGAUGCGCAGUCCACCAGGUACGAAAUUGGGGAAACGGUCCUCGCAGGCGACAAAUCCAGACUGAAGCCUUAUGUCAUCGCUGGCUUUUCUGGAAACACAACGGUUAACGUCAGGAGGCUUCCGAGACGUACCGAACUCGAUCCAACCUCCUCAUCACCACCCAACGAGCUUGUUUACACUGAAACUAUCACUCGACUGCCUGCCAGCCACAUUCGAAGUCCUUGCACAAUCCGGGUUUUUACCGGCAACCCUCAAGUCAUCCCCACACCAUAUGACAGACGGGGUACAGGAAACUGCUUCUUCAUCAGAUUCAAGCUUAGCGAUAGAAGCCUCGUUGAGAUGACAGAGGUGCCCCCAAAAUUCAGGCAGGGGUUUCUCCCUCACAGACAGGACAAGCGCAAGCCGAAGCCUCUCCGUGGCCUGGACCUGUUUUCUGGCUGCGGAAACCUGGGCCGUGGUAUUGAAGAGAGCGGUGCGGUUGAGGUCAAAUGGGUCAACGACAUUUGGUCGCCGGCGAUACAUACGUACAUGGCCAACACCAAGGAUAAGAACGCUGUCCGGCCUUUUCUAGGGUCGAUUGAUUUACUGCUCGAAAAGGCCCUCAAACGUGAUGGUUCUGUCCGGGAUGGCGCUGUGCCCUCACGUGGAGAAGUUGAAUUUAUAUCCGGCGGUUCACCAUGUCAAGGCUUUUCCCUUUUGACGGUCAACAAAGGCGACGACAAGCAAAAAAAGAACAGGUCACUGGUUGCAAGCUUUGCUUCUUUUGUGGACUUUUACCGCCCGAAAUUUGGACUAUUGGAAAACGUUACGAAUAUGGUCAACGCCAACGUCAGGCCAGACUGCGAUUACCUCUCUCAACUGUUUUGCGCUCUCGUUGGACUAGGCUAUCAGGUACAGGUCAUCCUCGGUGACGCUUGGGCGUAUGGUGCACCCCAACAACGGUCGAGGAUCUUUUUGUCUUUUGCCCGUGCCGAUCUUCAAUUACCUAAAGAGCCGGCGAGGUCUCAUUCGCACCCUGCAGGCAUCCCAACCAGGGCUAUUGGGCACCUGAACAACGGUGAAAGUUUUGUCGAACGCCAGUUUUCCAGCACGGUAUUUCGCCAUGUUACUAGUAGUGAGGCCAUCGACGAUCUGCCUAAGAUAGGUGACGGGAGACAGAUCUGUAUUCCUUUUGCGGAUCACCGCCCAAACAACGAAUCCUUUGCGGCGCAAGUACGAAUCGCUCAUAUCCCGGUUGCCCCCUACGGAAUUGGCUUCGUUAAAGCCUACCAAAUGGGAAAAAUAACAGAGGCGGAGCGGCAAUUAUUUCCGGCAGAUACGCUCAAGGCGGAGCGGACAAGACGCGGGAAAGGCUGGUCUCGUCUGCCGCCGAAUAAACUGUUCCCGACAAUAACCACACGUUCGAACCAUACGGAUUCGCGGACUGGAUACCAAAUCCACCCCAGUGAACAUCGAACUUUUACCAUCAUGGAGAUCCGUCGGGCGCAGGGGCUUCCGGACAAUGACGUUCUGAUCGGCCAGUUCAGGGAGCGGUGGAAGCUCGUGGGCAACAGCGUGGCGCGGCAGGCUGCUUUGGCGCUGGGGUUGGAGCUGAGGAGAGCUUACUUUGGCACUUUGUACGAUGAUGACGAAGGCGAAGAUGAAGAGACGGUACCGCAGGCUGUUGUUUCCAACCAAGGAGAUUUGCAGGUGCUGCUCCAUCCUGUCCUGCAACCCAAGCUCGAGACGAAGCCACAACUCAGGCAAGAUCCAGUACCUGAUGGGACGACGGUCAACCGCACCCUCGAAAGAGGUCCACACAGGCUAUUGGCGGCAGUGGCCAUGACGCCGGGCAGAGAUACAUUGUCGGCCCAGUUGCGGUCCCAAGGCGUGCGGGCGACAGCGACGGCGACGGCGACGAUAGACUUGACCACGGCCGAUACUGGGAAGAUGACGACUGCGGCCAUCGACCUAACCAUCGAGGACGAUGAGUCAGACUUGCAAAGCAUCACCAGUUCCCAGUGGAAGCGGAAACUGGAUGAAGUUCUUGUGGAUAGCGACAACGAGUCCGAUGCCGCCCAGGAACAUAACUGGAAGCUUUCGAAACUGUCGCACUACUGA